CGAUAGCCGAGCCCAUUGAAUCGACUCGAGCUUGACUCGACAUUGGGGUAUCAAUUGGGUCCAUUGCACUGUUCCUAGUGUUAGCAAGACGGCACCUGUCCUCUAGCGGCCCACCACUGCGUCGCGUCCCGCUUCGGCCGCCCCGACCGACGACAGCAGCAAACGCGACCUGGAAAAGCACCUCAAUAACACGUCAACACUUUAUUCUCGCCUGAAAACACAACUCCAGUUACCCAACCAUACGAACCAUCGGGUAACCCGGAACCUUCCGACAGACGAAUAGCAUGCUCCAACCAGAACCAGCCAGCCUCAGGAUCAUGUCAUAGCCCUCGCCCUGCCGCCCGCUUUUCCUUCCCAAAGACUAGCAUGGAGGACCCAUGGGGGUCGCCCUGGACAGCGACCAACGAUGGCACAUCGCCCACGGCAAAGCCCGCGCCGCCCCUCGACCUCGAACCCCCUCCACGCGCCUUUCUGACCUCGGCCGCUCCCUCGCUCGGCGUCCCCGCUCUUUCGUACCACUCGCCGUGGGAACACAACGAUGACGACGACUUUGGCACCGCCUGGGCUGCCCCCGGCAACGGCCCCGACCCUGUUGCCACCGUCGGCUCGAUAUCCGCCUGGAGCAGCGGCUGGCACGGCGGCGAUGCCAUCGCCACACCUGCUUCGGCGGCGGCAAGCAAGCAACGCUCGAGGGAAAACAGCCUGGCUGCGAGGCCGCGAGACGGCAGCAUCGGCAAGGCAGCGAGUCCCAUCCCGUCUCCCAGCAAAGCACUAUCCCGCUCUAGCUCUAACGCAGGCCUGCGCCGCGUCUCUUCGACCCUCGACCCCUGGGCUUCGGAGCCUUCGUUCGGCAGCAACCUUGACCUGCCCUCGAGCCCGCAGAGAGCCCCUCAGACGCCAGCACCGCUCUCGCCUGCGCCGGUGUCCGGCUCGACUGCAAAUCUCGGCCCGGGAUCACCAGGAUGGGAUCGGGUGGAUGUGGAGACCAUCAAGAGCGAUCAAGACACGACUGAGGUUGCGGUCGAGGCGAAUGAGAAUCGGUCAGGCGCCGCAACGCCACAGGAUUCGCGGACAGAAGAGCCACAAGAAACAACACGGCGAUCAAGGGCUUCUUCGACAUGUUCCAACGACGACGACGAAGAAGACGACAACAACAGUCGGCUUGGCGACGCUAGGCGACGGCAGGACUCGCCCAUAACGUCCAUCGACGAGGACUCCCGCGCGCGGCCGCUGCCUAAGUCGCACCGUAGCGCGCAUUCGGUGGUGCAGCGCAAGAUUUCUUCGAACAAGGUGAAGGAUAUGGUUGUCUUGUUUGACGGGAUUGCCCAGCGAGCGGCGUCGGAGCCGCCAGAAGCCGAAAGAGGCGCAAGGGCCUCGUCUGUAACCCCGGCAGCUGAUAAUUCGAGGCCCUCUACACCGUCUGGUCGUCCGCGAACGAGAGAGGGAAGGGGCACGCCGUCGAGCCACAAGGCGCUGGCGGAUACGCAAGAGAAGGAUGGUGGACUGGUGGGAGAUGACGCCGCCGAAGAGGCUGAGGCUCGACAGAGCCGCAGGAAACGCUCUGUGUCGGGGACGCCUACACCCAAGAUGCGGCUACGGACCUCGGCCUCGCGCGGCCGUUCGGGGCCUACUGUCACUUCCACGCCGCGGCGGCCGCCGCCUGGGAGGACGGACUUUGGGGAGCUAAAAACCAAGUUCGGUCCCGUACAGUUCGUGCCGGACCUGGCAAAGGUAGAUCUGAUUUUUGUCAAGGCUAAGCUUGGACCCGUGGCCGACGUGGCCGACUGUUAUGUGCCCGACACGGUCCUGCGCGACUGCUUCACCGACGUCUCGGAGCGCCGGGUCUGGGCACGCAUCUCGCGCUUCGGAAGCGCGCGGCUGCACGACGCGGGCGGCGGCGGCUUCGACGGCGGCGACGAUGGGUCGUACCGCCGCGUGGCCUGGCCCACGUCUGAGGUGCGCGCCGAGACGAUCAAGACGGUGCGCCGCUGGAUGGAGGAGGACUCGUUCGCCGGCGGCCGCCCCACGCUGGGCGGAGGCUUGGGCGCCGGGAACAAGGGUAAGGGCAACAUGUUUGGCUGGGACUCGACGGCGGCCUCGGACGAGCCCGCAAUGCGCCUCGACCAGGUCUUUGCCCAGCGGCGCCUGAAGCGCGAGGCUGCCGCCGCCAAGAGGCAGAGCGCACCGCCCAGCAGCUCCAUCAUGGGGCUGCCGCCCGUCGUCACCUCCACGGGAGGAACUCCGCCGCCAGCCUUUGGGACGCAGUCCGCCACAGCCUCAGCGGCGCCGCCCAGUUUUGGCUGGAGCUCAUCCCCCAUCGCCGCGCCCCCGCCCGCGCCGAGGUCUGCUGUCGGCCCUCCCCGCCCCACGUCCAUGUUUGCCUUGUCGCCGUUUCCCCUGGGGCCCUCCACCUCUCUGUCUGGCUCGGCAGGGAGCGAUGUGAACCAAGUACAGACGCAAGUGGCAGCCCAGGACGAAGACGACGAUGAUUGGGGAGAGAUGAUGGCGUCGCCGCCACCAACCGGAAACCCUGCCGAUUCCAGCUUCGGCAUGUUCCAGGACUGGCCAGGCGCAGCUCGCACUAGUGAGGUCCAGAAAUCUGCCCGUGAUCCCUCGCCACCGGCGCCGGCGGUGACCACGGGAGACGCAGCCCUUCAAUCCUCGGUCUCUGCCUUUACGCAGCUCCCGCCCUUUUCUACUCCAACCAGCACAGCCCCUCCUCCGCUGGGAGGGGACGCUGCGCCUAGUACAUCCGUGGCGGCGGAUCCGUGGGACCUCUCUUUCUUUGGCCCGCCAGACGCGGAAUCGCAGUCUUGGAAGCCUUUGGGGACACAACCUCCGACCGCCAUUUCUCCAAUGGCAGGUUUGGAGCAGCACAAGGCAUCGGCAGCUGUCGUGUCGCCUGGAGUUCCAACACCGGUCGCAUCUAUGGAACAACAAAAGCAACAUGCUGUCUCUUUCUCGGCACCCGCGUCCGAACCACUGAAGACUGCUCUCGCAGAGCAGGUGGAGGAGCACGACGGCCUUGUUCGGCAGAUUGUGCGAGGCCUCCCAGAUCUGUCGUAUAUGCUGCGCUAGUUCCUUUCUUGCUCCCUUUUCUCUUUUGGACAUCUCUAUCACCAUUACCUUGGCUCAAGCGCGCUUCAAGGCAAAACGUUUGUGCUUUUCUGUUCCUGUCGCUGCUGAAUUUUCUGUCUCACGCGCGCCCUUUUUGGAUACACAAUGACCGAGGGGAAAAGCCGAAUCUCGUCUUACAUAACUGCAUGUCCGAGGCGUUUUGGAGGAUGGGGUAAAUAAGCGACACAAAAUAUCAUUUUUGCUUUUUGCUCGUUGUGAUUAUGACUGCUUUCCCUCUGGUUUGGGGUGUAUGGAGACAGCAUGACGCCGGCUCCUUGGAAUGAAAUGGAAGCAAGUUCGUUUUCCUUCUGCGCGCAGGACAAUCCAAGUCGCAGUGGAUGGUUCUUCAUGCGGCUCGAUUGCUGCGGUCAUUGUCGACUGUGCCUUCGACCGACGCGAUGUUGCACGCGUAACGCUUCACCAGACAUCUAC